AUGUCCGAACUGACGGCUGUGAUUCGCAAGCGGCUCGGCAUGCCCGCGAACGCCGGCAUGGGCGGCUUGCCGAUGGGCAUGAUGAUGAUGCCGGGCGGCGCGGCGCCCGGCGGCGGCGGCGGCGGGGAGGCGGCUCCGGCGGCGGCGAAGGAGGAGAAGACGGCGUUCGACGUGAAGCUGGAGGGGUUCGACGCGGCGGCGAAGCUGAAGGUGAUCAAGGAGGUGCGGAGCAUCGCGGGGUUGGGGCUGAAGGAGGCGAAGGAGUUCGUUGAGAAGGCGCCCGUCGUGGUGAAGGCGGGCGUCAGCAAAGAAGACGCCGCCGCCAUCGCCGAGAAACUCAAGGCCGUCGGCGCCACCGUCGCCAUCGAGCCAGCAGGAGGCAUUGGAAGGAUGGAGGAGGAGUGCAGUGGAGGAAGGGAAAGCGAAUUGGUUGGGAUGCAGGUGUGCAGUGCAAGGGAUGCCUGUGCCUGA